AUGCCACCGCAAUUUACCACUCAACUCAAUGGCACCAUGACAUUUUCGGCUAGUUUGAGUGCCUCAGUAAACACUUCGGCUAACGUGACAACUAGCAGAAACUAUCGACCACUAAUCCCAGAAACACCCACCACACAACCGAGUGGCCCUCCACCCCCACUCAUCUUAUCACUGGAAGAAGCUGAUCAGCUCGAACAUCUCGCCGAUUCAGUUAUGAAGCAGACUCUAAGCGACUAUCUGCAUUUCCGUGAUGUCCGUAAGCGUCGACUACACGAUGAACAAUGGAAAGAAGUUCGUCGUCAAAAUAACCUCGUGGCAUUCAAAGAGCGAGAGUCGUGGAGACAACAGCAUCAGACGUUGUGUUCUCCUGACGGUCGUCUUGAACCAGUUGUGUGUAAGACCUCGGUACCUACACUAUUAGUACUCGGAGCUCUUCAAGGAACACUUGACGACGAGAUGUAUGGGAUGCACAUCGACAGUGACAAUGGCGCUAAACUUCGAUCGUCGUACAUCCACGAUCAGGUCAACGACUUUCGAGUAUUAACGCGCAUUCGAAGUGCUACAAAAGACAACCCUUUCCGGUUCUGUGGAGUCACGUGGAUGGAUUUCAGCAAUUCUGGCUACGGUCCGUUCGCUAAGAAGCGCGACUACUGCGUCGUCACUUCCAUGGGUGUCACUAAUACCAUACGAGGUGAACGACUCGGAUACUACGUCGUUCACUCAGUUGAUGUGAGUUCGAACGACCCGAUGGGUAGAAGCACGCAGCUUGGUCUUGGAAGCGACUCAUGCAACAGCAAGUAUAUUCGUGCGAAAGGUUCGAUGUGCUGGCUUAAGUGCGAGCUGCCGAAUGGUGGCGUUGAGCUCUUCAUGCAAGGAUUCUUCGCUCCUAUGGGUAGCGUACCGGAAUUCGCAGUGGUGAACGCAGCUCUCCACGCUGCGUUGGGACUCGCUCAGACCAGCGAUACUGCUUACUCCAAGAAGAUCCGCUGGAUGCUGCACGACUCCGUGCGCUCGACACGUCGACUGGUGUCGCCGUCGACGGAGGACUGUGUGGGGAGAUGUAAAGCGCAUUUUGGAGUGCCCAAGAAACGGAAACUCGGAUGCUGUAUUGUCUGUCGAGCGCUCGUGUGCAAUUCUUGUCGAACGACGCGGAAAGUGACGGUGGAUGUAGCGCCGGACAGCGUCGUACAGCAAACACGAUGUUGCAUUUGCUUGCUGUGCAUGGGGUACGCCAAACAGACCAGUGCUACGGAAUUCGCAGCCAGAGAAAUGGCGAUGGCUCGCGCUCGAAGUAAGCGAGCUCUCAGUACCGAGACGUCCGAGUAUAUUCUAUAAGCGAGGUCGACACGAACGAAGUGACGAGCCAUGCUUGAUCUAUGGGGAUAGUACGUUAAAGAGGACGUAGAAGUGAUCUAGCUUCGAAAUCAAGUGUUGAAAAGCAUCGUUCGUGCACAC